AUGUCAAUGUCGACGCUUCCAAACGGGCUGGUCACAUUUGGCCCUGACGCCAAUUGCACUCUCGACACAUGUCCACUAGAGGCAAGCAUCCUGCGAUAUCAACCCAACAUCCCCGCCAACGCCGUCUUCGUCGCCGUGUUUGGCUUGUCCAUGGCCAUCCACACCUUUCAGGGCAUCAAGAUGCGGACAUGGGGGUUCAUGUCAAGUAUGUUGGCAGGAUGCACACUUGAGAUCAUCGGCUAUGUCGGACGAUUCAUCAUCCACGAUAAUCCCUUCGACUUCAACGGAUUCCUAAUGCAAAUUAUCUGCAUUACCGUGGCACCCGUCUUCUUUUCCGCAGCCAUCUAUGUUCUUUUGUCCCAAGUGAUCAACUUUGUCGACCCGAGCAUAUCUCGUUUCCCUCCCAAAUACUUCUACUGGAUCUUCAUCCCCUCGGACAUCAUCUCCCUUAUUCUUCAGGCCGUUGGUGGUGCUCUUUCAUGUGUCGCCUCCACCCAUGAGGAUGUCAAAACUGGAGAGGACAUAUCCCUUGCCGGUCUUAUCUUCCAAGUCGUCACUCUCAUUUUCUUCUGUGCCUUGUUCGCCGACUAUGUUUUCACGGCCUCCAAGUCGCCCUCUCGACAUCGCCUCAACAAGCCAAUGGUCACCUUCCUCCUUUUCCUGUUCACCUCGACCAUCUUCAUCCUCACUCGGUGCGCUUAUCGAAUUGCUGAGCUUGGGCAAGGGUACUUCAGUGCCCUCUUCCGAGACGAGGGUCUCUACAUAGGUCUUGAAUCUUGUAUGAUGUGUAUUGCUGUCCUUCUGUUGAAUACCGGCCAUCCCGGAUAUGCUUUCGGCCAAAAGCAGGACAUAAUCAACGAAAAGACACAGGACGAAGAAUCUAUGCGGUAG